AUGGCGACGCCCUACUACCAGCCUGCGUCCCCCUUCUGCUCCCGUCUCCCGCCCGAUGUCAUCCUUGCUAUCGCCCUCGAGCUCGGCACUAUCGACCCUCUCGGCCCACCGCGCCACCUGCCCCCGCUUUUUCUCGCCUGUCGCUACGUGCGCGACGUCCUCCUAGCGCACCGCAAGCUCCUCUUUGCACGCAUAUAUCGGUGCAAGUUCGACACCCAUGCUGCCGUUCGCCGCCUCGGGUCGAACGCCAUCACCAACACCGCGCUCGCUUUCCAGCUUAUAAAGCAGACCCUCGCCCUCAAGCGCAUCCGCACGGGCGACCUGGACUCGUACACACUCACUGCAGACCUAUGGACGGCGUACCUCAUGUUCAUGGAGAAUGACGGUCGUAACUACAGCCACCUGAUGGACUACGCCCACAUCGACGUCUUAAUUGAGCGCUUUAUGGACUCUAAAUUGUGGUCCCACCGGGAGUCCAACCUAGGGUGGCCAGUCGACAGCACCCCUAGUUCUCUCGUCGUCUGGAUGCUCUGGUUCACCAUGACCCCAGACCGUCUCUCCGGGAUGUCCUCUGAGCGCCGCGGCAAGUACAUGGACCAGCUCCGUCCGUUCGCGCUAGUUCCCGCCAUGUACUACCCCUUCCACGCACCGGACUCGCGCUUCGACCUACCCGACGAGGACGCGCUUCCCGAGCCGGGGGAGGAUGCCACUCCGCUCGGCCUUGCUCCCACGUUCCGCGACCCCGACAUGGUCAUCGAAGAGGUCGUGCACUACAUCCGCAAGGUGACCAUCAUGCCUCCCCUCAUCGGCCUGGGAGCGAAGAUGGUCUUCGUGAUGCUCGCAGAGGCAGUUCCCUACGAUCCCCCUUCCAUGCUCCCUGUCGAUCGUGCGCACGCGGACCCUGCCGACGGCGUCCGUCCUACACAAGCCGACUUCAUCGAGUGGGCUUCUGUCCGGGGCGUCCAGCUGUACAAGCCGGGCUCGUGGGAUUGGAUACGCGGUUUGACUCCCGAGCAGCGUCUGCUGGAGACUGGCGUAUCUUGGCGCAAGGACCUGAAAGCGAUCAGUGCCAGCUGGGACAAUGAUUGGAACCGUCUGACGGGCUGCUACGACCCUCGCGGCUAUCUGCCGCUCAAGGGUGUUGUCUACACUUUCGGUUCCAUCGCCGGCAUGUUCGCCGGACGCAUGCAGAUACCGGACUUCUUUCGCUACCGCGACAUCGUCCAGGCUGACCAAAUGCCGGACCUUACGGAUUUUCCGAAGGUCGCAGAGCAACCUGUUUUCGUUCGCUUUCGUGAGCACCACUGCAUCGACCCGGAGAUCCCCGUCCCGACGGGCAGCCUUCCUGGGGAUCUCGGUGACAAUGUCCAGAAUGCUUAUCUCCCGUAUCCCUUCGACUACCGUCACGUCGGCAACACGCUCCGCGUCGAGAUUCCGGGUACGCGCACAGUGGUCAAGUACGAAGACUACGUCGAGGGCAAGCCGAACUCGCACAACCCUGGCACGUGCGGGAUGUGCAUCGCCUCGCAAGAGGAAGAGGAGAGGCAGCUCCGUGCUCGCAUCGAUGCGUACCACCAGAGGGCAGCCCGCGCCGAAGCUGGCGUUGGCGAAGAUCUUGCUGUCGACGACAACGAAGACGGAGACGCCAUGGACGAGGAUCCGGCCCCACGUUCCCGUCGCGUAAGCACGGCAUCGCAGGACUCCGAUGUUGACCUCUACUACGGCGACGAGAGCAACCCGCUCUUCCUGCGCGAGCUAAGAUUGGAGCGCGACCGCGAGGCUGAGGCGAUCGUCGACGAACUCAUGUCGGAGGGCGUCCCGGACGACUACGAGGAGUAUAUCGAGAACGAGUGCAACGGGAUACAGGAUAUCCUCAUCACCGGCGAGGUCCUCCCGCACCACGGCGAGGCGUGGCACCACUACCGCUUCUACGGCCGCGUCCGCAAGUGGGACGGCCUCAUCGUCCUAGUCCGCAUUCCGACGGACCUGCCCACAAACAUGAAGCAGAUCUUCCGGGGCUACCUGAUCGGCAACAAGAACUUUGUCGGAUCAUGGCGCAUGUACAACGAGAACCUAAACGCUAUUCCGCUCGAGGGACCGUUCGCGCUUAGCCGCAUCGAAGUUCCGCCCGCUCGUCCCGCUGAACCCCACCCAGACGAUCCUCCGCACCCGGCUGCCGUUGUUACGCCUGAGUCUACCGCUUUUGUUCAAUCUUGCGUGAGCGUGAGCGUCCUGCACGCCGUCCAGCCCUCGCCUGGCGCGAGCCGCAGCCCAGUGCACACCCUCGACGUCUUCAGCUUAGCCCUCAACGCUGCGGCGCUCAGCGUAGCUAGCUCGCCGGGAAAGGUGCUCCGCCGCGACCCGGCAGCGCACGCGCCGGGCUCGCUUUCAACUCAGACAAUGACGGACACAACCCUGCCAAGAUCAGACUCAGGCUCUGACCGGAACUUGGAGCCCUCAGCAGCGGCGACGGCCGCCGCCGAGCCGCACACGCGAUCGUCGGCGGCGCAUUCGUCCUCGGGGGCCUCCGAACGCGAACGCGAGCGCAUCGUGAGGAUCUACGCCGGAAAGCUCUUUGAUCCGCAGACGCUGCAGCUGCUGCCCCAGCGCGUGGUUGCCGUCUCGCCCGACACGGGGCUCGUGCUCGGAGUGGAGCCGUACGAUGACGAGGACGUGCGCAGGGUAGACUUCUCCGCCGGCAACGAGGACGUGGUCGACCUGCGUGCCGCGACCGUCCUGCCCGGGUUCGUCGACGCCCAUGUGCACAUGUUCCUCCACCCCUAUGCCGAGGUCAGCUGGGAAGACCAGUUGACAAAGGAGAGCCUGGUCGAGCGCACCGUGCGCGCAACAGUCCACGCGAAGCGCACGCUGAUGGCAGGAUACACUACCGUACGGGAUCUAGGCACCGAGGGCGCAGCCGAUGCAGACAUCCAGCUGAGGAAGUGUCUGUCGGGUCCGGCCCCGCUUAUUCCGGGGCCCCGAUAUUUCUGCGCAUCCCGUGCCCUCAUCGCGAGCGGAAGCUACGGUCCGAAGAGCGCCCUGCACCUGCACCAGGACGGCGUCGAGGGCGUGACCGGGGCGGAGUUUGUUGACGGCGAAGCACAGUGCAGACGGGCGGUUCGCAAGCAGGUCGGGGCAGGCGCGGACUGGAUCAAGGCACGUCGAUCGCGCUCUCCGCUGUACGCAGAUGUGUCGACGAAGAUCGCGAGCGCCGAUAUCCAAACGUUUUCGAGCAGCGAGCUCCAGGUGCUUAUUGGUACCGCGCGGCAGCUCGGCGUGAAGGUCGCGGCGCACGCGCAAAAGUGGCGCACGGAGCUGCUCCCCGAAAACGGUGGAGUGGACACGCUCGAGCACGGUAAUGACCUUGGGGCUGGAGACGCGGUGAUCGACGCGGUGAAACGGUCGCGCAUCAUCUGGGUGCCCACCUUGUCCGUGUUCUAUUCGACCGACACGGAGAAGGCGCCGGGCGGACGCUGGGACCGCGCUGUGAACAAUUUCCGCAGGGCGCUGGCGAAGGGUGUAACGAACAUUGCAUGUGGAGGGGACACGGGCCCGUUCCCGCAUGGCGACAAUGCAUUGGAGAUGAAGCUGAUGGUACGUCUGGGUGCGGACUGGCGCCAAGUUCUCCGGUGGGCGACGGUCGGUGGCUGGCAAUGCGUCCGGAGUGCGGCGUGGGAGGGUGAGGAGGGUGCGGCGCGACUCGAGAAGAUCGCGGACUUGCAGGAGGCCGCAAGGGUGGUAGGGGACAACGAGGUGCCGUUCGGAGUUAUCGCGAGGGGCUUCGCGGCGGACAUCGUGGCGACUCGCGGAGACCUAGAGAACGAUUUUGAGAGCGCGGUCGAUAAGUCAAACAUUACGUUUGUCAUGAAGGGGGCGAAGGUGUUCAAACGAGACGGCCGCGAGCUUGUGUAG